AUGCCAGCCCGCAGAGGAGGACGAGACAGCCGCAGCAGGCGGAGCCCCAGCUACAAGCGCAGAAGCCCGAGCUACAGGCGGGAUGACAGGAGGGGCGGAGGCGGAGGCGACCGAGGCCGGUCCCGCCGAGGAAGCCGAAGUCGCAGUGGAGGCCGCGGUGGCAGCAGGUAUAGCCCCCCGCCACGUCGCACCCCGCCUCGUGACCGUCGCUUUAGCCGCAGCCGCAGCAGGCGUGAGCGCGAGGCGCAGAAGCGCCGUGAGGCUGAGAAGAAGAAGAUGGAGAAGCGCAUCCCGCCCCCGGCCGUCCGAGGUCCAGACAAGCCACAAAUCACGGAGGAGCACAAGGCAAACUCGGUGGAGUUCAAUGGCCGGUACUACGCGACGAUCGAUUUCACACCCCCCAACUCAGGUGGAGAUUCCGCAGGUCAGAAAGCACGUAUUCAGAUGCCCUAUGGCUGGGAGGUGGCCGACAUCGACGAUGACGUCCGAGACGCAGUUGUGAAGCUCUACACCUUCGGCACGGACCUUGUGGUGGGAGAGGGCGGGAAGGCUUUCCACACAGCCAAGGGAGCACGUCCAGGAGCACUUGAGAUGAUUUGGGACUAUAAGAAGGAUAUGGGCAUGUACAACUUGCACCAGGAUGGCAGCCUUUCCAACAAGAACGGCCGGAUUCUGAUCACAUCCGGCGUUGCCGACACAAGCAUACCGUUCGCUGACCUUUCAGCCUUUUCCACCAGCCAGCUCGCUUUCCCCUUGCUGUGCGCAUUGCCCCUCGUCAUGGUUUGUUGGGGCUUCUUGAAAUUAGGGGGCCUUGUAUUGAAGAUCCCGAUACUCAGGAUUGAUGUAAGGGUCGCGCACUCUAGUUUCUCAGACUCCCAUUACAGUUGGAAAUCCUAA